AUGAGUUUAGACGUUUUUGUAAGCACUUAUACUCAUAACAAAGAUAAAAUAUAUCGUAUAGCCAUAAUUUUAAUGUAUUUGGGCUAUUGGAUAUUUGGUUUGGCUCCAUUCACCAAAAACUAUAAAAUCUAUCAAAUAUUUGUAAUAUUAUGGUGUUGCGAAAUUGUCUGGUCAACUUAUCUAGCCAUCAUCUAUCAUAUAUUUGGAGAUGAACAUAGUCUUGAUGGUUUAGUAAGUUUCAUAUUGUAUUUUACCCAUGUACUGGGUCACUUGAUUGCACUGGCGGAAUCCUUUAAUAUGCGACAACAACGCAUAGCAUUAGUUGAACAUUUUAAAAAGAUAUCAGUGGAUUUGAAAGGCGAACUGAAAAGACCUCAUUAUGCAGGCUUAUCCGUUAUGAGAAUGUGCAGCACUGUUUUGGGAGUUAUAACGUUAUUAACAUGUGGUCAUGGUAUUAUUAUGUGGACUACCUUUAAGACUAAAUCUCCAGCUAGCAUAUUGUAUUGGCGCUCACUACAAAGCUAUUUAGCUUUACAAUUUAAAACUUUGGAAUUUUUAACACCUAUAGUACAAUUGAGUCAUUACACUUUAGUGAUACGCAAAACCCUUAAUCAAAUGGGAGAACGUAACUUGAGAAGAGUUUUUAAAGGCUUAAAUAAAUAUGAACAGUCAGAUGUAAUUAUGGUAACAGCUGUAAAUGAAGAGGAAGAAGAUGAACAACUUUUGAUUGUACUUAAGACUUGUUAUAAUGAGAUUUAUGCUACAAUACAAAUGUUUAAUGCGGCCUAUGGUUGGUCUUUAUUAGCUUCGACAGCAGUAUUUUUUGUGGAUUUUGUUAGCAAUUCCUAUUGGAUAUUAUUGGCUGUUCUUAGUCAGGGUAGAGAUUAUUAUGGUCUUUUACAGAAUGCUGCUUUUGCUUUAUUAGCUUUUAUUUUACUGACUUUAAUAUGUUGGUAUGCUGAAGCAUGUUAUUAUGAGAGUCGUUAUAUUGGUUGUUUGAUCUCGAAAUUGGUUAAACCUUUGGGUAAUAAAUUCUACAAUGAUUUGGUUAGUGAGUUUUCGGUACAGACUUUACAUCAGCGCUUUAUUAUAACAGCUAAAGAGUUUUUUAGCUUGAAUUUAAGUCUAUUGGGAAGUAUGGUUGCCGCCAUUGUUACUUAUUUGGUCAUACUUAUACAGUUUAUGUUUACCGAGAAGAGUAAUAAUGAAAGUAAAUUAACCACCAAGUCUAUCCUUAUGACCUCAACUACACCAUCUACCUUUGAUAUUAUAAAUAAUACAAAUUCAUCUGCUUAUUCGUUAAUUUUAAAAGGUUUAAUUGAUAAUGUUACCGCAAAAGCAAACAAUUCUUUAAAUUGA